AUGGAAGCCGUAGGCGCCAACUUGAAGCGUUUAUCCUUGACGACAGCAGAUCCCCAGACAACCGAGAAUCAGCUAUAUGCCUGGGCGAUGGGCGAACAGAACGACCUCACCCGCUAUACACCUCGACUCGAAGAGCUCAGAUUAUCUAAGAUGGACUUCUCAGACACAUUUGAGCAGCUAUCUCGGAUCAUCGACUUCCAUCGAUUGAUUCGCCUCGAACUCCUGGUAGAGAGCUGCGGCCUUCACCUUUUCAUAAAGGAUCUGGCCAACAGCAUAUAUACUGGCAGUAGAGAGGUGAACAGGCUCCAGUUGAAGCAUAUCGCCGUCGAGUUUGUGCCCGAUCUUGAUGAGCGUGAGGCAAUCGACCUCAGGGAUGCUAUGGAACUCAUCAUCACCGCUUGCGGCCCAAUCGAGAGCUUUCAUAUGCGUUACCCAGAAGCCAACCCCCUCAAGAUCACCCUACUGGAUUUCUUGCAGGCGCUCAGUCUCUCCAAUCACAACUUACAGAGCUUGAGCAUCUAUUGCGAUGAGUUCGAGACGCUCCAAUGGGAUGGAGUGGCAUCGGAUCUAUUACAGUGGGUUUCUGUAAGCUCCUUGAGUAAGGUGAAACAGCUCGCUGUGUACUGUGGCGAGUCAGCGAUGCUUGGUGGAGACAUGACAAACAAGUAUACUACACUGUUGCAAUCUUUGAGGAGGUUUCCACAGCUGCGCCUGCUACACCUCCACGUACCGGAUUGCGACCGGCUGGGAAGAAGCGAACACAAUUCCAACGCUGAGUGGGAUUCCUCGAUAUUGUCUAUGCAGCUGCAAACUUUCGCCAACCAGCUCUUCGGAGAUUUGCAUGGAGCGGGCGCGAAGCUAGAUGCUUUGGUCAUUGGACAUUUGGCGACAGUCGAGGCGAUAAUUACCGAUGCGGACUUUGUGAUUCCGCUUCCACAGCAGUGUUUCGUCAAGGGCGAGCAAAGAGACAUCCUCGGCCGUACUGUCGCUGUCGGCGUACCUGUCACGAGAAUGAUGUUGCAUGCAACUCAGCCGUAUACGGACAUCCUGGAUAUCGACCAUCCCAGAACACAUGAUGCGUAUGACGCGUGGGCAGGUAAGGCAAUGUGA